GUGUAUAUUAGCAGUAAGAUUUGUUUUGCAGACAUUAAAAGUAGUUUAACAUGCUGACUAAUUUAAUUGCAAACCCUUCGAUAUCUCCUGUUCUCGCUAUUCUGAGUUGUGUGAUCGCAUUUUACUAUUGGUACAAACGACCAAAGAAUAUGCCACCUGGACCACGAGGAAUCCCAUUUCUAGGGAUAAUACCCUUUGUCGGAAUGAACCCUGAACAAGCAUUUAUGCAGUGGAGCAAGAAGUAUGGCCCUGUAAUAACAGUGCGGAUGGGAAGAAAAGACUGGGUAGUUCUCUGUGACCACGAUACUAUACACCAGGUGUUGGUGAAACAAAGUACAGUGUGCUCGGGUCGACCAAAAAUCCCCAUUGUAUCCGAACUUUCGAAAGGACACGGAAUCCUCUUUGCUGACUACUGUGAAAAGUGGAAAUCACAACGAAAAUUCGGAAUGAAAACGUUGCGAGAGUUUGGAGUUGGCAAGAAAUGCACAGAAGAUCGUGUUCUGGAAGAAGUUGAUUUCCUAUGUAAUGAAAUCCGGUCCAAAAAUGGGAAACCCUUUGAUAUACAAGACAUUAUGUGCAAUGCUGUUAGUAACAUUAUUAUGAACAUAGUAAUCGGACGAAGAUGCAACUACGACGAAACCUUUUUCACAGACGUCAUCAGUCGUUUCACGAAAUGGUUUAAUGAUCCAACCGCAGGCGCCAUGUUCACCGGGAUGAUGUUUCUCCCACAGUUAAAAUAUGUUCCACCAUUUUCCAAGUAUUACAAGAUCUUUCGGGAUGACAUCGGAGCUUUACAUGAGGUGUUCGAAGAGGUGAUAAAAGAACACGAGAAGAAUUUUGAUGGAAAUAACCUACGAGACUUCAUUGAUGCCUUUCUCCUUGAAAUGAAGAAAAACGAAUCUGGAUCAGAAUUCACGUACAUCCAACUGCUAAACUACAUACGUGACCUGUUCGAUGGCGGUACCGAGACCACUGUAAGCACCAGUCGUUGGGCAAUACUAUGUAUGCUGCAUUACCCGGAAACUCAGAAAAAACUACGCAACGAAAUAAUGACUAUUAUUGGGCCCAACACGCCAGCGAGUAUGUCGCAUAAGUCAGAUAUGCCUUACACCUGUGCUUUUAUACAAGAAGUACUCAGGUUCCGGACUUUAGUCCCACUGAGUGUGCCCCACAAAGUAAAUGAAGAUGCAACGGUUAACGGAUACACAAUUCCAAAAGGCGUAACGGUGUCACCAAACCUGUGGGCGGUGCACAACGAUCCAGAUGUGUGGGACGAACCAAGCAAGUUUAAACCUGAGCGUCACCUCGAUGACAAAGGAAACUUUGUUCAGUCGAAUCACGUGAUACCUUUCUCGGUGGGUCCACGUCAUUGCUUGGGAGAACAACUUGCUCGAAUGGAAAUCUUCAUCUUCCUGAUUUCAAUGAUUCAGAAGUUUGAGUUUCUUCCCGAUCCGAACGAACCAGAUCUUCCUGAAAUCAACCACGGUACGAACGGAGCUGCAUUCGUUCCUCUACCUUAUAAAAUAGUGGCGAACCAAAUCUAAAUGUAACCACUAUUGAAAAUGUUAUCAAUACAUAUGGACUUUAUAACACGGGUGUUGUAUUUCUUACACAUUGUGCCACAGUUGCCGCGUAGCUAACUUUGCGGUAUUUUGUUACUGUAUUUGUAUAUACCAUCGUCGAACCAAGGCCGUUAGGGCAAUUUAGCAUAAAACACAUAUAGUAGCGCGGUGGAAGAUGGACCACCUUUUUAUUUAAUUUUCUCUUUUCAUUUGGUAGUAAACAAAGAACAUUCAAAGAAUUAUAAAACCGUAUCCUCACGACAUCCACAUACCGUUGUUAAUUGUUUAAAACACAAUCAGGGUAUUUGGAUAUUAUAUGUUACAGGUGUCCCAUUUCCCCCCAUCCUACUAUACGAAUAAAAUCGUGGCAACAUUAACUUUUAAAAAUAAAUUUGUUUCAAUAU